AUGAGGCGGCCUCCGGAGAAUGGAGAGGCAGCCAGCGAGGGUAUAGGCGGCGGGGGCCUUUGGGGCCGGCAGGAGCCGAGGAGGCUGGGCUGUGCAGGCCCCGACCGCUGUGGGCAGGCCCUGCUGCAGAUUGGGAUCAACAUGAUGGCACUGCCUGGAGGACGCCACGUGGACUCCAUCCCCCUGCCGGGUCAGCGGCUGCACCUGAUGCAGGUGGACUCAGUCCAGCGCUGGAUGGAGGACCUGAAGCUCAUGACUGAGUGCGAGUGCAUGUGUAUCCUGCAGGCAAAGCCCAUCAGCCUGGAGGAGGACGCACAGGGUGACCUCAUCCUGGCGGGCGGCCCUGGCCCUGGAGACCCCCUGCAGCUAUUGCUCAAGCGGGGCUGGGUCAUCAGCACCGAGCUGCGCAGGAUCGGGCAGAAGCUGGCCCAGGACCGCUGGGCACGAGUGCACAGCAUGAGCGUGCGCCUGACCUGCCACGCCCGCUCCAUGGUCAGUGAGUACAGUGUGGUCAGCAGGAGCUCCUCGCAGGAGAUGGGCCAGAUUGAGAAGCUGCUAAUGGAGAAGUGCUCAGAGCUCUCAGCGAUCACCGAGAGGUGCCUCCAGGUCGAGAAUGAGCAUGUCCUGAAGUCAAUGAAGGCCUGCGUGAGUGAGACCCUAAGCACGCUGGGCCAGCACUUCAGUCAGCUGCUGGAGCUGGCCCUGACCCGGGAGGUACAGGCACUCGUGAGGAAAAUUGAUGCCUCAGACAAUAUCUACACCACGGAAUCCACCACAGGAAACCUGUUUAGCCUGACCCAGGAGGGGGCUCCCCUGUGCCGCAUAAUAGCCAAGGAGGGUGGGGUCGUCGCACUCUUCAAGGUCUGCAGGCAGGACAGUUUCCGGUGUCUGUACCCCCAGGCGCUCCGCACGCUGGCCUCCAUCUGCUGCGUAGAAGAGGGUGUCCACCAGCUGGAGAAGGUAGAUGGCGUUCUGUGCUUGGCCGACAUCCUGACUGACGACAGCCACUCAGAGGCCACUCGGGCUGAGGCUGCAGCUGUGGUCGCCCAGGUCACUUCCCCACACCUGCCUUUCACCCAGCACCUCAGCAGCUUCCUGGAGAGCAUGGAGGAGAUUGUGACAGCUCUCGUCAAACUGUGCCAAGAGGCGUCAUCUGGGGAAGUCUUCCUGCUGGCCUCUGCGGCCCUUGCCAACAUCACCUUCUUUGACACGAUGGCCUGCGAAAUGCUCUUGCAACUGAACGCCAUCCGCGUCCUGCUGGAAGCCUGCAGUGACAAGCAGAGAGUGGACACGCCUUAUACUCGGGACCAGAUUGUGACCAUCUUGGCGAACAUGUCUGUCCUCGAGCAGUGCGCCUCUGACAUCAUCCAGGAGAAUGGGGUCCAGCUUAUCAUGGGCAUGUUGUCUGAGAAGCCAAGGUCUGGGACCCCCGCUGAGGUGGCAGCCUGUGAGCGAGUCCAGCAGAAGGCUGCAGUGACCCUCGCCCGUCUCAGCCGAGACCCAGAGGUGGCACGUGAGGCCGUGCGGCUGAGCUGUAUGUCCCGCCUCAUUGAGCUCUGCCGAUCACCCUCCGAGAGGAACAGCAGUGAUGCUGUGCUCGUGGCCUGCCUGGCUGCUCUGCGUAGAUUGGCCGGGGUCUGCCCUGAAGGCCUCCAGGACUCUGACUUCCAGCAACUAGUCCAGCCCAGGCUUGUGGACUCUUUCUUACUCUGCAGCAACAUGGAGGAGAGUUUUGUGUAGCGGGUGUGGAAGAGGAAGGGCAUUU